AGGUUGCCAAGGAAGUUGUCAUACAUGAUGGAGUGAAGUAGUUCCCAACAUCUUCAUCACUUUGAGCAUGUUUUAUUUUCUAAGCAAGAAACCAUCAUGGGAGAUCUUUUUUCCUUGUUUUGGGAGGUGGAUCCUCCCCCUAUACCUUUAAGUUUUGCUAUUCCAAAUCAGGAUUAUGAAUGUCGGAAGGAAGAUUCUUGUGGGACAAUAGGGAGCUUCCUGCUUUGGUAUUUUGUCAUUAUAUCGUUCCUGAUGUUCUUCUCUCGGACUUCUGUUUGGAUGUCUGAGAAUAAAAAGGAUGAAGACAGUGGGACAAGCACUUCAGUAAGUAAAGCAAGCAAAAAUACUUCCCAUAAACGGCAAAGCAAAGAUGCUGCCUGGGACAGUUCACAAAUGAUGAAGAAACCAAAGCAGAGCCAAUUCACCCCUGUAACUGACUCAGAAGUGGCCUUGGUCAAUGCCUAUCUGGAACAGAGACGAGCCAGGCGCCAGUCUCAGUUAAACCAGGUCAAUCAAAAUCCACAAGACAGUGACACUACUGAGUGUGACAGUGAAGAUUCUAACUCGGGGGCUUCCUCGUGGAAAGAGAGUGAGAGUGAACACCACCCAUCACCAGACUGUAUGAAGAGGAGAAAAACAGCUCAGAGGCAAAGGAAUCUUGGAAAUUACCAAAUCAGAGAAAGGCCCUGCCUCCACUGCAAAGCCCUGAGGACCAAUGAAUGGUUGACCCGCCAUUUCCUACAAACACCCCCAAUGAAGGGGGAGCCUCAAGAAGAAAAUCCCAUACCUGACAUUAACACAAAAUUCAGUAAAUUUUGAAUUUUAUCAAGUCCUUACUGUACUUGAAGCCAAAUGAAAGAGAUGAAUAAAACACGAAAAAUCACCAGAGCUCUAGGUGAGGAGACUUUUAUGAUAAAGUCUUUCUACUAACAACAAAAACAUACUUGGAACCCAAGAGGUAAAAUUUCAGACAAUUCUUUGUCCAAAAAAAGGCCAGCAAAUUUGUGUAUGGCACCACUGGAACACUGAAGAUCUGUAUCUACUGUGACUGUUUUUUUAUUCGAAAGAGCACAAGACAGUUUAUGCCUUGAGUGUAUGUAUUUUGCUUAUAUCUGUAAAACAAAUAAGAAGGCUCUUUGAAAAUA